GAGUGUAAACACGAUAUCACCAUGGGAUACCACUCUGUGUGUAUCUCGGUAGUCGUCAGCAUCAUCUUCGGUUGCUUCACGAAGUCUACAUUUGCACAGUGCAACACCAUUCAAGAAAAUGCCACAGUCAUUUGUGCUGGAGUUAAAAGCUGUGCAAUUGAGUCCUUCCUGGCAGCUGGAAAUUUCGCCAACGGGCUCUGCGAUUACACCAUUAUCGACUAUGCCUGCUCUUCAGUGGAACAUUUUGUUGGCAAAGACUUGGCUAACCUGUUAAACUGCACAGUUAACAACAAUGUGAAGUUUACAAAAGAAGCUUUGAAACUGUUCUUUACCAGAGUAUCUGGAGUACUGGAUUCAGCUCUGGAUGCCUACUCUAAUGCGACCACUUCACCCAGUCUGUCUAAGGCUCUCAUCCUUGAUGUACUGGGAGAGUUAAGAGUUAACAGUUUCAGCCCUGAAAACUUAACAGACAUGGACUUCAUCAAGCAGUGGUUCCUAGUGAGAUUCAAACCAUUCCUGGCAUCUGCAUCUGUGGAUUUCUUAUCAUGCUUAAGCACCAAAAACUUCAGCUGUGAGACAUAUCAGGCCGUAGUUACAGAGCUAAAUAAUGAGUUUUCAAACAUGGACAACAAGGGUCAGCAAUGGGUCUAUACAUAUUUCAUUAAUCCCUUCUUAUCCAGCAGCAAUGCCUCAGGUUCCACUUGCAUUUCCAGUACUAGUAAUAGCCGACAGUGGCUUCAGAAAAAUUAUGGACAUUUUGUUGUCUUUGCCAAGUACAAAGACUUUGUUAAUUUAAACAGCAACUUCAGUGGGGUGGAAGCACUGGCUCUGCUUUCCCCAGGACAGGUAGCAGAACUGACUGUGGACCCCAGUGUCGGUGCACUGGACAAUGUGGUGAUCAUCAAUCAGGUCUUUGAUAUGCUGCAGAACCAUUCCCAUGGCAGAGAGCUUGAGGAUUUCUUUACAAUGUUUGUCUUGGUCACAGCGCAGAGAAAUAUAACAGCCAUCUACAACACUGAUGUGAGAAUGGUGAUGCUGAACCGCACCUUUGCCGCCCUGAGUCCCGAAUUCCCAACCUUCAGUACUACCGAGUGGGAAGAUUGGUUUCAAGUCAAACUAGUUCUGCUGCUGCCUAGUGUCAGUCCUGGUAUUCUGGCAGCUAUACCGAACAACAUCAGCUGUGAUUCCUACCAAGCUAUAAUCAAAGGCCUGGACCAUGCACUGAAAUCAUCUGAACAGUCUCACUUGAAUUCCAGCCUGUUGCUGCCACCCCCAAAAGGUUGCCCUGGGCACUUGGAAAAACUGGAUCUGCUUUCCCCAGAAGAGAUAAGCAGCCUGAUUCUGGACCCCAAAGUUGGCGCAUUGGAGAGUGUGGGGAUCAUCAAUCAGAUUUUCGACAGGCUGCAGAACGAUUCAAAUGCCAGAGAGCUUGAUCUCUUCUUUAUACAUUUUGUCUAUCUAACACAGAAGGAUAACGUGACAGUCAUUAAAAACACUGAUGUGAGAAUGGUCAUGCUGAACCGCACCUUUGCCGCCCUGAGCCCCGCAUUCCCAACCUUCAGUACUACCGAGUGGGAAGACUGGUUCCAAGUGAAACUAGUUCUGCUGCUGCCUAGUGUCAAUCCUGGCAUUCUGGCAGCUAUACCAAACAACAUCAGCUGUGAUUCCUACCAAGCUAUAGUCAAAGGCCUUGACAAUGUGUUCACAUCACUAUCACACGGACAAACUCAGGCUGUGUUUAAUUUCAUCAAGAGCUACUUAAUGCAGCCAUUCCCUGAAGGCUCUUCCUGUGUCGAGACUAAUAAUAUCAGUCACAAGGACUGGCUGGUGAGGAAUACAGCAAGAUUCAGCACCAGUGCUUCGUACACGGACCUCAAGCUCCUAAGCAAGAAUUUCACUGGGCUGGAAGCACUGGCUCAGCUUUCCCCAGGACAGGUAGCAGAACUGACUGUGGACCCCAGUGUCGGUGCACUGGACAAUGUGGUGAUCAUCAAUCAGGUCUUUGACACGCUGCAGAACCCUUCCCAUGGCAGAGAGCUUGAGGAUUUCUUUACAAUGUUUGUCUUGGUCACAGCGCAGAGAAAUAUAACAGCCAUCUACAACACUGAUGUGAGAAUGGUCAUGCUGAACCGCACCUUUGCCGCCCUGAGUCCCGAAUUCCCAACCUUCAGUACUACCGAGUGGGAAGACUGGUUCCAAGUCAAACUAGUUCUGCUGCUGCCUAGUGUCAGUCCUGGUAUUCUGGCAGCUAUACCGAACAACAUCAGCUGUGAUUCCUACCAAGCUAUAAUCAAAGGCCUGGACCAUGCACUGAAAUCAUCUGAACAGUCUCACUUGAAUUCCAGCCUGUUGCUGCCACCCCCAAAAGGUUGCCCUGGGCACUUGGAAAAACUGGAUCUGCUUUCCCCAGAAGAGAUAAGCAGCCUGAUUCUGGACCCCAAAGUUGGCGCAUUGGAGAGUGUGGGGAUCAUCAAUCAGAUUUUCGACAGGCUGCAGAACGAUUCAAAUGCCAGAGAGCUUGAUCUCUUCUUUAUACAUUUUGUCUAUCUAACACAGAAGGAUAACGUAACAGUCAUUAAAAACACUGAUGUGAGAAUGGUCAUGCUGAACCGCACCUUUGCCACCCUGAGCCCCGCAUUCCCAACCUUCAGUACUACCGAGUGGGAAGACUGGUUCCAAGUGAAACUAGUUCUGCUGCUGCCUAGUGUCAGUCCUGGCAUUCUGGCAGCUAUACCAAACAACAUCAGCUGUGAUUCCUACCAAGCUAUAAUGAAAGGCCUUGACAGUGUAUUCAGAGCUCUCUCUCCUGAACAGUCUCAGAUGGUGUUUAAUUUCAGCAAGAACUUCUUGCUUCAGCAGUCACCAGGAGGGUUUCCUUGUGUAAACAGCACCAUUAGUACCAAGGGGUGGCUGGAAAGAAAUUUACAAAGAUUUAGCAGUAUUGCUUCAUACAGGGACCUCAGGCUGCUCAACAGGAAUUUUGCUAUGCUGGAGGACCUGGAUGUUUUGACAUUGCUUCAGUUCAGCCAGCUUGCAGCUGCUCCAGGAAUCCUGAAUACCUCAGAGGAUGUCAGGAAACUGAUGAUAUUCUUGAACUCUUCCAAUUCUGCCCUGUUUUUUGAUGUAUUUAUACCUGCUGUCCAGGGACGAGAUGUUCCAAAUGCUGUGAAGACAGCACUGAUACAGGGAGCUCUUGAUAAAGGUAACCUGUCUGCAGCCAAUGAUGCAGAGAUCCUAAGGUGGCUGGACAUCAGGCUCAUGCCUCUGCUGCCAGGACUAACUCCAAACCAAGUGCUGCUCCUCUUCGCCCCUCUGAAGAAAAUGAACUGCAGCACAAACCAUGAAGCUGUGAAAAUACUGAGCUCCAUUAGUGUCACGCUGAAUGAAAUUGUACAGAAAGAAGUCUACAACACUAUUCUGACCACACUUAAAGAUCCAACUCCACUACGCUGCUACACAAAUAACAGCUUUCUUGUGUACAUGAACGAUACCUUCCUCAACUUUGGAAGUUUCCUUACUCUAACCAGCAUCCUUUCAGUGGCUCCAGAAACACGUGCAGCAGAGCUGGUGAACACUGUAACACCCACUGAGCUAAGUCAAUUUCUCAGUGUGCCUGAACGCAUUGACAGCCUCACCCUGCUCACUGAAGUUUUGAAAAACUAUACACAAUUACCUCUGUUCAUUGACGAUUUUAAUGGGAGGAUUUCACAGGUGAACAUGUCGAAGGCCAUCAAAUCAUCCAUCCUGAGGGCAGUUUGGACGACGGUUCUGAGCACUGAUAGUGAAGCUGAUCUGGAUAAAUGGUUUAGCACAAGACUGAUCCCAUACCUGGAAGCUUUCGACAAGAACCUCAUUACUUCCAGUGACACGCUGGCUGCCAAAUGCUUGCCAUUCAGGAAACUGGUUCAGGUUCUUGGAAACAGCAGCAGCUAUUAUACAGACUUCGACAGGAAGGAUGUGUAUGGCACAAUUAAGUCAUAUCUUUCAACAGGCACAAAGCCGAAGUGUUACAAUGCUGCAGACCCAGUUCUGAAUUCAACUGCUUGGUUUGCUAAUUACCUCGGACCAUUCAUUAUCUUCAGCAGCCAAAAUGACAUAAACAUAUUUGGUUCGACGGAACAACUUAAGAUCUUUGCGGAUAACUCUGACAAUCUGAAGCUCAUGAGCAAUGAACUCAUCCCUCAGGAUGUCCGUGCUCUCUACAGCUCAUUGGUGUUUCAUCAAAAUCCAGCAUUUAGUAUUACAGAGCUUCCUGGUGCGCUCCUUUGUUUUGCCCCAGACUCUGGGUACUCUUCUGUGAAACCAGCUGAGCUGCAAGCUUUGUCAGAGAGGUUGCUAAAAGCUUGUAACAAGACUCUGGAUUCUGCGAUUGUUUCAAAUGUGGCCCCAAACAUUCAAAAUGCCUCUGCAGACAUCAUAAAAGCCCUAGGAAUUCAAAGUGACCAACUUUCACAAGGACAGAUUGGUCAGAUUCAGCCUGGAGUUGUUAUUGAAACUCUUAACAUCCUGAAUACAGUCAGCUGGAACCAAGGGCAGGCCAUUCUCCUGGUUACAAAGGUGUUCCAAAAUGGGUACAAGCUUGACAAUGUAAGUUCGCUUACAUCUCUGGGAACCCUGGUCCAAGGCUUGCCUUCUAACACAAUUGCGAGUGUUAGCCCAGCUGUCGCUCUCAGCGCCGCAAAUGAUCCAGCUUUUGUUCAGAACAUCAUUAGAGGACCAGAAGUUCUUCAACAGAUAUUUAUUAACAAGAUCAUUACUGUGAACAGUGAUCCCAACGUCAUGUUGCAAAACAUUCCUGAUGAUAUGGCAGGUCUAAUUCCAUUGCCUUUAUUGACUUUCUUGGGAAGCACAUUUAAUCUUGAACAAAUCGAAAAGAAAAAGUGGAAAAAGGAACAGGCUUCCCUAUUUUUUCACAAAGUAGCGAUCACAACUACCAGUUAUGAUAAUCUUUCCCCAUAUAUACUGCAAGGAUUCAGCUGCAGUGCCGUGCAAAGCAUUCCAAACAACAACACUGUCAACAUUGUCAAGGCUUGUAGGGGUAAAAAGGUACCCCUAGUGGAGGACCAGCUGUCCUGCAUGGCUUAUCACGUCGCUGCAAAUGCAUCACCACAGGACUUCACCAGCUAUCCUGUAGACAUGCUACUCUAUUACCCCUACAGUCAGAUUCCGUCAUCAAACUGCCGAUCAUACUUUACGGAAAUUGGUGGUGCAAACUUUUAUGUUUUCUCCGAGACAUCAAAUAGACCAACUGCCCUCACAAACUCUGCUAAAAACUGUCUGGGUAUAACAGGCACCAGUCUCAGCAGUGCAGAUUUAAAUGUGCUGAACAAUAUGGUCUGUAUCCUGAAUGGAAGCUACAUUGAAAACUCGGACAAUCUAAUCUUGGAAAAACUCAAGAAGUGUGAACAACUCACUGCUGGACAAAUUGCAUCUGUUCAAAAAGUACUUUUCAGCGGCACUACAAAAUAUGGAAACUCUUCAACUUGGACACAGAAGACACUGGCAGACCUUGAAGAAUUGCCUUUGUUCCUAACAAGCGAGUUUUGGUCCAAGUUCAAGCAGGACGACAGAAAAAGCUUCCUCAAAGCCCAUAACAAUGUAAAAAAAGGCCUAAAAAAAGAACUUUUUACACAACUUGGUCUGGCAAGAAGAGUAAGACGUGCAGCUGCAUGCACUGCUGGAGAAAUAACAACGGCCAAGAUCAACGAAGUUACUUUCCCAAUUGAUUAUGAUGAGACGCAGUUCAGUUUGUGUUUGGCAAACAGCACUGUGAAAGACAACCUGGCACUCUUGACUGAAAAAGUUUUGGUUGAAAAUUAUCAGACUGUCCUUUUGCAAAAACUGAAAGAGGCGUACAACAACAGCAUUCCUGAGGAUCAACUUCAAUUGCUUGGUGCCACUUCACGAGUGGCCUCUGUAGCUGACAUCAAUUCAUGGACCAUCACUACAGCUGAUACUCUGUCAGCUUUGAUGAAAUCUGAGGAUGGCAGAUGGGAUGCAGAUAAGAGUGCAGCCAUCAUCACAAAAUAUUUAGCUGCUGGCAAAACCUUGGAUGCUGUAGCACUGAAAGCUAUUGGCGGUGAGAACCUGUGCUCUCUUAGUCUGAGCCAACUGAAAAACAUUACAGCACCGAACCUGAGAGAUGCAGGGGCUUUGGAUAUUUCUUCAUGCACUCCUGAGAAAAAGAAAAAACUGUACAAUACAGCUUCUGCAGCUUUGAUCAACCAGAGGAGUGAUGUGCUGACUUACUACAGCCUCAUCAAGCCCUAUCUAGGUGGUGCUCCUCUGGAGGAUGUACUAAGCAUUGCUCAACAGAACAUUAACAUGGACAUCACAACUUUCAAGAACCUUGACAAAGACCUUAUCUUGAAACUCAGCCCAGAUACAGUUAAAAAUCUUCUUGGCAAUAACCUGCGAGAUCUUGAAAGCCAGGUGAAUGACCCUGUGAUAAAGGAAUGGCUGUCACGCCAGGCACAGUCAACAUUGAACUCUCUAGGGGUGUCUGGAGUCACUGGAAUACCAGACCCUCUUCCUGUUGGUGUAAUAACAAUCCUGAAACCAGAGGCAGCAGGAGCGAACCAGCUCGUACCUCGUGUGCUACAGACGCUCUUCAUUGGCAUGCUGACAGCUGCAUUGCAAAAAGUUCUGUAACUUGACAUUGUUGAUUAAAGUAUACCAAGCUUACCAGGAUGAAAAAAUAAUAAUGUACACACAAAUGCACUUCACUUUAGUUUCUCAUGUUUUAUGGUGUUAUUGCACAACAGUUAAUGAUGACCCUGUCGUGACAGAUUGUUGCUGACACUUUUCUACUUAGGAUAUACUUAGGAGAAG